ACACAUCAACAGAUCUGGCCGUCGUCGCCGCGCGAGUGUCAACUCUUCGUUCCAAACAGCUCCUUCGCUCUCUCCCAAAAGUCCAGAUUCUGUCUGGUGGUGUCCGCACAGAGAUAAUCCUCUGUACCCGUGUGGUUGUUCCGUCGCGAGUCAGUGAAAGUGACCGUCUCGAAGCGGGGACCGAUUCCGGGUUUGCUCCGUCGUCGUUUCAUUUUGCGAACGACCCACGAAGAGAGAGAAGGAUUCCGCGGGUGUGACGAAAGGGAAAGGUCGUGCCGACAGACGGAAGAGGAGAAAGUCUUGGAACCAUGAACAUACCGAACCAGUAUCUGGAAAAGACGGAGGAUGUCGCGGACCAGGUGAUCCGCAAGGGUAAGUACGUCCUGCCACACGUCGCCCGGCUCUGCCUGAUCGCGACCUUCCUCGAGGAUGGCAUCCGGAUGUGGGUCCAGUGGAACGAGCAGCGCGAGUACAUGGACAUGAGCUGGGGCUGCGGCAAGUUCCUGGCGACGGUGUUCGUGCUGGUCAAUCUGGUCGGCCAAAUUGGGGGCUGCGUGAUGGUGCUGGCCCGGCUAAAGGUGUCGAUCGCGUGCGGGAUACUGUUCUUCAUCGUGGUGUUGCAGACCAUCGCCUACUCCAUCCUGUGGGACAUCCAGUUCCUGCUGCGCAACCUGGCCCUCAUCGGCGCCCUCCUGCUCGUCCUCGCCGAGUCCCGCGGCGAAGCGCGCAGCCUCUUCGCCGGCGUGCCCUCCCUGGGCGAAAACAAACCCAAGAACUUUAUGCAGCUGGCCGGUCGCAUCCUGCUCGCCUUCAUGUUCAUCACCCUGAUCCGGUUCGAGCUGAGCUUCCUCCAGAUCCUGCAGGACAUCCUGGGGUCCAUUUUGAUGGUGCUCGUUACGGUCGGCUACAAGACGAAGCUGUCGGCACUGAUUUUGGUCGCGCUGCUGACGGUGCUAAACCUGUACCACAACGCCUGGUGGACCAUUCCGGCGUACAAGCCGCUGCGUGACUUUUUGAAGUACGACUUCUUCCAGACGCUGUCGGUGAUCGGGGGCCUGCUGAUGAUCGUGUCGCUGGGGCCGGGCGGGGUGUCGAUGGAUGAGCACAAGAAGAAGUGGUAAAUGGGGACUUUAACAACUUUUGUUUUUUUUUUUAUGACGGAGGAGGAAUAGUUUUUUACCUUUAUUUUCUACCUUCUUGUGACGUGACGGCGUGGGGCGACCUCAAAGGAUUCGCCACCGGUCGAUUCAGACGAAAAAAAAACGAACAUUCACUUAGGGAAGAAGAAGAAAAACUUAGAAUUUAAACCCGGACUCACCAGCAAACCAGAAACACACAAGUUCACACACUAUCAAAUAGGCAAAACAAAAAAGAAGAGGAAGGAAUGUGAUAAUGGUUCAAGCUCACACAGACAAGCGCGUAGAAGACACACUCCCAAGCAGCAAACAAACACACUUCCAGACGAAUUUCCCAAUAUAUAUAUAUUUGUUUCGUUUUCCUUAGUUUUUCGCUGUUAAAUUAGAAUUAUUAAAAAAAAAACAAUUCGUCAAGAAAUGCAUGUUAAAAAACAGAAGAAGCUACAAAAUUCGGACGCAGCAAAAAAAUUAAAUAUUGUUAUCAAAACAGGUGAAUCAAGAUUAAGUAACACAGAGACAGACACAAGCAAAACAAAAAAAAAAGAAGGAAAAGCAUGUUAAACUUAAUAAAAAUAACCCAGAAACUGAUUAGAUUUUUAACAAUUUGCAUUUUCUUUUCUUUACUUUCGUUUUGCAAGAAGAAUUAAUUGUGGAUGUUUGUGCCAAACGAGCGUGGUCGGAAAAAAAAACUUACUUUUUGUGUAACUGUGAAGAAUAAUAAAAGAAAGGGUGGGGAAACAAAAAGGAACGUAAAAUCCAUUAUUGCAAGCAACAACAAAAAUAUACAUUAUAUUUACUAAAGACACGAAA